AUGGGAGAAGUACCGGAAAAUGUUGAAGGAGCCGUUAGUCUAGAUCCAUGGUUGAAACCAUAUGCACAGGUUCUGUCAGAGAGACGGUUCUUAGCUGAUCGUUGGCUAUACGAUCUUAAACAUGCAACCCCUGAUAAGAGUGAGCAGACUUUGGGAGAGUUCACCAGAAAUUCUUACAAGACAUACGGACUGCAUGCAGACCCUAUUACAAAGAACAUUACGUACAAGGAAUGGGCACCAAACGCUAGCCGAGCGUUUCUAGUGGGAGAGUUCAACAACUGGGACGACAGCUCGCACGAAUUGAAGAACAGAGACGAGUUUGGAAAUUUCUCUUUGACCAUCCCUCCUAACGAAGACGGAUCCUAUGCUAUCCCACAUGACUCCAAGGUGAAGGUUGUAUUCCAAUUGCCCAGCGGAGAAAAGAUCUAUCGUGUUCCAGCCUGGAUUACUCGGGCGACCCAGCCAGAUAAGGAAACAGCAAAACUUUUCGGACCCGGAUAUGAGGGCAGGUUUUGGAACCCUCCCCAGAAGUAUCAGUUCAAGAACAAAAGGCCCCAGUUUGAGAGGCAGACUGACUCCUUACGUAUCUACGAAGCGCAUGUGGGUAUUUCGUCUCCGGAACCUAAGGUAGCGUCUUACAAGGAGUUCACAAAGAAUAUUUUACCUCGAAUCCGCGACUUAGGUUAUGAUGCCAUUCAGCUUAUGGCUAUUAUGGAACAUGCCUAUUACGCCUCUUUCGGCUACCAAGUGACCAAUUUUUUUGCCAUUAGUUCUAGAUUUGGAACACCUGAGGAGUUGAAGGAGCUAAUCGACACUGCUCAUGGAAUGGGUAUACUCGUGCUGCUUGAUGUGGUCCACAGCCAUGCGUCCAAGAAUGUGGAGGAUGGCUUGAAUAGGUUUGAUGGGUCAGAUCACCAGUAUUUUCAUUCGGUAGCCUCUGGACGCGGAGAACAUCCGUUAUGGGACUCUCGUCUCUUCAAUUACGGUAAUUUCGAGGUAUUGAGAUUCCUUUUGAGUAAUUUGGCAUUUUAUAUCGACAUCUAUCAAUUUGACGGGUUCAGAUUCGAUGGUGUUACAUCCAUGCUUUACAAUCAUCAUGGGGUCGGAGCAGGUGGUGCAUUCAGCGGAGAUUACAAUGAAUACUUGUCAAAGGAGAGAUCGAAUGUCGAUCAUGAGGCGUUGGCAUAUUUAAUGCUGGCAAAUGAUUUGGUACGCGAAAUUCUUCCCGAAUCAGGCGUAACCAUCGCAGAAGAUGUUUCUGGUUAUCCGACUUUAUGUCUUCCCCGUGACGCAGGUGGUGCUGGCUUUGAUUACAGACUAGCCAUGGCGCUACCUGAUAUGUGGAUUAAACUUUUAAAGGAAAAAAGUGAUGAUGAAUGGGAAAUGGGGAAUAUAGUCUACACUUUAAUCAACAGACGACAUGGCGAAAAAGUUGUAGCAUACGCAGAGUCACACGACCAGGCUCUUGUUGGAGAUAAGACUUUAGCCUUCUGGCUGAUGGAUGCAGCCAUGUAUACCGACAUGUCUGUGUUACAACCAUUAACUCCUGUAAUUGACCGAGGGAUAGCAUUGCACAAGCUGAUACGUCUAAUAACACAUUCACUAGGUGGAGAAGCGUACCUUAACUUUGAAGGAAACGAAUUUGGCCAUCCAGAGUGGCUAGAUUUCCCAAACGCUAAUAAUGGCGACAGCUACCACUACGCACGUCGUCAAUUUAAUCUGGUGGAUGAUCAUUUACUGCGCUAUCAGUUUCUCAACAACUUUGACAAAGCCAUGCAGAGCUGCGAACGAAAAUACAAAUGGUUAAAUACCCCUCAGGCGUAUGUUUCUUUGCAGCACGAGGUUGACAAGGUAAUUGCCUUUGAAAGAAAUGGCCUCCUUUUCAUAUUCAAUUUCCACCCAACUGAAAGCUUCACUGAUUACAGAAUUGGUGUGGAGCAACCUGGUUGCUACCGCAUUGUUUUGAAUAGCGACCGCCUGGAAUUAGGGGGUCAUAAUCGGAUUGACGAGGAAAAAUCGAAAUUUUUCACUACAGAUUUAAGAUGGAAUAACAGAAGCAAUUAUAUUCAGGUUUAUAUUCCCAACAGGGUUGCGCUCAUUUUAGCAUUGGAGGAAAGAAUCUAA